CUCCUACUCUCGAUUCAUUAUCCACCAGCGCACGUUGCCUCACCAAGACUGCUAGAUAUGCCUGUUACAGGCCUGCGUAGCCUAGUGCUGCUGCUUGUCUGCGCUCUUACUACUCUAGCUGCCAGCACUACCGGCACAACUAGCGAUGCCUCAAAACUCCCAAAGUCGGUCACCCUCUCCUACGAGGUGAUCGGAUCCUCCUCAGUCAAGCCGCUGGUCACUGUCUUCUACGACCCGAAAUCUCAGAAACAUGCCCUCUCGUCGUGGUCGCCUCCAAGCUUAGACUCCGUCAAAUCUACCACUCCUGAACCGACCUCUUCUAAGCUCCUGCGAAUCCUUCUUCCUAAUGGCAGCUCCACGAUUACAACCCUUGACACUUUCAGCGAAGAUGUCCACCAGAAGAUCGACCUCUGGAUUUCCCCGAAAGACGGCUCCAUCUUCUCGGCCUCGGUCUCAAGCUUGUCGCCCCCACCUUUGACACCAGAAGAAGAACGUUACAGGAAGAAGGUUGAAAGAGCUAAGGCCAAGGGGAAACCUAUACCAUCGCGGCCUCCAGUUCCAAACACAAAGAAGGCCAGGGAAGAAGCUGCAAAGCAAGCGGCCCUCUACGAGCCUAUCAAGGUCAACCUGAUCACGUCUUCGCCCGGGCCAUCCCCGUCACUCGCCACUCGCAAACCGCCUCAAGUGGACAACGAAGGACGAGAAGUUGUACAAGAAGAAGUGCCAGAAAAGAGUCUCUUCCAGAAAUACUGGUGGGUCGCCUUGAUCGUGCUGAUGCUCACAAUGACCGGUGGUGGUGGCGGAGGAGACAAAUAGGCUGGUCCUCUAGUCUCAAGUAUCGCCAAUGACAACCAAUUUUCGCCCUGAUUCUCUAGCUCAUUGGUUGAAUCACCCUGCUUCUGCAUUGAGACAGUCGAAGUCUGGACAUCCGUGUUUAUCCGCCGCAGAUUGCCCGGACGACGACAUCGAGCUCUGCCGGCUCUUGCUACUGCUAAACGGCAAGGCUCUUCACCUCACCUCUAUCAAAAGGCGCGAUACAUCUGUGUCACUCGCUGAAACCCAUGAAGCUAUCGCAUGAGUCAGCACUACGAGGACGUACAAGUAACAUGCUCGCUGCCCUGCGGACAACACACAUGAUCGAGUCGCGGACCUUGUCGACUCUGAGCCAAUACUAGCUUGCUCACAUAUUGCAACGAACCUGCGCGAUGCAGGACUAUUCAGAAUUUCACAGAAGGUUCAAAGCACGAAACCACGAAACCGGCUCACUUUACACUUGGGACAGUAGCACAACAAAGUGUGUUACACAUUCUAGGCGCCUUCAAUACGCAGCAGAAGAGGCUUCUGUCCGUGCUCGUGACCGGAAGGCAGUGUCUCUUAUUGAAGCCCAAGGGGACAGAAGCGAAGAGGGAUGACUAUUUCUGAAGAAUUAAAGUGUGCUGGCACGGUGCCUUGAGCUUACCUGGUCCCAGUGUUCCGAGGGUAUUGUGUAUGUACGACUGCGUUACAGAGAAUGAGACCCGCACUUUGGUGAGGGCCCGGAGGCUGGGGAGGUUUGAGACUUUUCCUGAAUCAAGAAUAAAACUUAUUUGCGACUCUUCUCUCUUUCUACAGAUAGAGUUCGCGAGAUAUCGGUACAGACGAUCUACGAAGGCGUGGUUGGUUACCGACCGUCAAACACUACUAGGCAGGCAAAAGUUCUUUCACUGCAUGAGUCAUCCGGUAGUAACGCGCAGAUAAAUACCUACCUUCUCCCCUCCCUCCAUCUCCCUUUUCUCUUUCCACGAACUGAUUCC